GUUUUGUCAAUAUAUGAUGACCCGCAACCGCUAAUCGCUGUCCAUGGGAACAGCUGAACCUGGCUGGCUCAUACAUCUCCAGUGCUUUCGUCUUGCAAGCUUUAAAUAAAGCUGGGACACUGUAGGACAACUUUACCCGCUACAUUGAAAACACGAACGUCAUUCAAGGAAGCCAAAGUUCAAAAACACAACAAAGUCGAAAUGUUAGCUGCUUUCUCUAACGAUCAGGCCGGGAUCUCUCACCAGGGCGGCAUUCAAGUGCAGAGCUCAGCGCUCCCGCUUCGUCCGCGAGUUACUUUGGGAAAGCCAGAUACAGAAGACUUGGAUAGAUCGAGCGGGCUCAUGAAAGGCGAAGAAGAUUGGACAAAGAUUUCGGAUCUGGCAGAGCGCCGAAGGAUACAAAAUCGAAUAGCGCAAAGAAACUACAGAAAGAAGCUGGAGAGAAGGCUUGAAGAUCUGGAAAGAAGAGCAUGUGAUGAAGGACAACUUACUCCGGCAGAGACACCUUCAUCCAGCAAGUACGACAACGAGUGCUUAUCGCACUCUAGUCCAGCCUCAGACGUCGCAUACAUGUAUCCGUCUCCUUCCGAAACACCUAAAUCUUGCAACAUAUGCCCACUACGAUAUGCCGAUCAGGAGCUUUCCUUUUCACCGAUCGCCGAUGAAAGUGACGACAAGAGCUCAUCAUCUUCUGAAACCUCAGAAGUAGCACCUACAUAUGCUUUGCCAUCAGGUCAUCGAUUUCGGUCGGUUAAAAAACUGCUAGUAGAGGACUGUCUUAGCAAUUUCUUGAAAUGGCAAACCUGUCCCCAGAGUUCCAAUAAGCGAACAGCGAAUCCUCCGGCAACACGAAAUCAGCAAUCAAGCAAGAGGUCCAGGCUAUACGAGAAGUCGAACGACAGGAACGACAAUGAGGGCAAUGGAGGAAAUGGGGAGGGGGAAGAUUCUGACGCAAAGAUUGUGGGCGGCUCAACAAAGACUCCGUCCAACAAAAGCAGAAGCAUCAUUCUUGCUUGCCCCUUUUACAAGGAGAAUCCUUUGAAGCAUUUUCAGUGCCUCAGAAUCGAACUCAAAAGAAUCAAAGACGUCAAACAGCACCUCAAUCGAAAGCAUCGUCAACCGUCAUAUUACUGUCCAACAUGCUGGAUGAUCUUCGACCAGCCAACGGACCGAGACAUCCACAUUUCUCAACGCGGGUGCUCUCUACAAGAUCACGUCGGUUAUGAAGGGAUCUCCGAAGAUCAAAGCAGACAGCUCACUCGGAAAGUAGACAGACGACUAUCCGAGGAACAGCAAUGGUACAGUGUGUGGGACAUUGUGUUCCCUGACGUGCCACGUCCAGAGUCGGCAUACCUUGGAAACCAGAUCGAGGAGUCUAUGGUCAUGAUCCACGACUACUGGGAUGCGAACGGAAGGGCUCUAGUAUCUGAUGCUCUAUGGGAGCGAGGGCUGAUACCAGAGCCAAACGUUUCAGACGAUGAAGGAGAGCUUGAGAGCUUCCUGGCCGAGACGCUGGAAUCUGUGGUGGAAGAGUUGCUGGCGUCUUGCCGGAUGCAGAUUGCGGCGAGUCUGUCUCGGUCAAAUCUUCAUCGUCACGAAGGAUCGUCGGCUACGAAGAGGACCUCAUCUUCAGAUUUUGGUGAUAAAACGCAAAGCCACGACACGAGUGGGCAGGACCAACGAACAGUCGAUCUUGCCCAUGUGGGUCAAAGUACCCUGGCGUAUGGAACACUCACGGCGCAAGAAUCUGCCGUUGAUUACAGUUUUCUGACCGGUCUUGAAAUGGUUGAGCCCGUAACAGGUCACGGCACGCAGUCUUUCCCUGAGGGGACACAAUUCAGCAUGAUGCACAGCUGGUCUACGAGGGAAGAGGGUAUUGCGGAGUUUGAUGACCAGAGUUGGGAGCUAUUAGGCGAUAUGACCGACUUCUCGCAAGUUGAGAGGUCAUAGUGGCAAAGUUCUUUGCGGGUUGUCUUGCUGUAAUUGAGUACUUUUCAGAGCGGAUGGGCGCUUCAAAUGAACGUGCAAAUGUUGCGCUGGGUAAUAAAAUACAUGUAGGUACUCGGAGUUGAGACGAACGGAGAAGGUCUACGUGAUCUCGGAGUCGUGCCCUCGGUGUCUCAGAGAACAAAUCCAACUUCGCGACAAUGUGACUACGCAAUGUACCUUUAGUGCCAUGUCUGCUGCGAAGACAAAAUCUUUAUGUUGGUUGUGAGACAUUGGAAUCACCAU